CAGAGAGAGCGAGCCUAGUUAUAAGCGUUAGUAUUACAUGGCAUUUGUUAAAUCAGAUGGUUUAACACGAAGCAUUCCUUUCUCUGACAAAAUAACUGAGUUGUAAUACCAGUCUCGAGACAAGUUCAGAGUAUUUGCAAGAUAUUUAAAUGUCUGUGUGGCCCUUUUUUUUCAAGCUGCCAAUUGAAGACUUGUGCAGCCUGACGUUCCAGUCGCUGCCCAUCGCACAGACCUCGAUAGUGCCCGACUCCACGGAAGACAUUCUCUCGAAGGGUUUCACGGCCUUGCAGAUGGAAGAUGGAAGAAUCGAGACCGCACAGCAGUUUUUCUCAUGGUUUGCAAAGCUACAAACCCAGAUGGAUCAAGAUGAAGACACUAAAUAUAGACAGAUGAGGGAUUACUUGUCUGGGUUUCAGGAGCAGUGCGAUGCUAUAUUGAAUGACGUAAACAGAGCUCUUCAGCAUCUGGAGUCACUGCAGAAACAGUAUCUUUUUGUGUCCAACAAGACGGGAGCCCUCCACGAAGCCUGCGAACAGCUCCUGAAAGAACAGUCGGAACUUGUCGAUCUAGCUGAAAACAUUCAACAGAAGCUUUCCUAUUUUAAUGAAUUGGAAACUAUUAAUACGAAAUUGAAUUCUCCUACAUUGUCUGUGAAUAGCGAAGGAUUUAUACCUAUGCUGGCCAAGUUAGAUGAUUGUAUAACAUACAUCUCGUCUCACCCUAAUUUUAAAGAUUAUCCUGUAUAUUUACUGAAGUUUAAGCAAUGUCUUUCGAAAGCUUUGCACCUCAUGAAGAUAUAUACUGUGAACACACUACAGAACCUCACAAAUCAGUUAUUAAAAAGGGAUCCUUCCUCCACACCCAAUGCCUUCACGCUGUUUUACGUGAAAUUUCGAGCCGCUGCCCCCAAAGUCAGGGUAAGUUUAGUGACAGGAAUACAAUGUCGCUAUGAAACAUACCAGCAGCUGCUGAGUGACAUCCACCAGUGCUACCUGGGUCAGCGGGAGCUCCUUCUGGGCCCUAGUAUUGCUUGUGCUGUGACGGAGUUAACCAGCCAGAAUAACAGAGAUCACUGUGCCUUGGUUCGCAGUGGCUGUGCCUUUAUGGUCCAUGUGUGCCAGGAUGAGCACCAGCUCUACAGUGAAUUUUUCACAAAGCCAACACCAAAAUUAGAUGAACUUUUGGAGAAACUGUGUGUGUCAUUGUAUGAUGUCUUCAGGCCAUUGAUCAUUCAUGUUAUUCACUUAGAGACUCUUUCGGAACUUUGUGGGAUUCUUAAAAAUGAGGUGCUCGAAGAUCACGUACAGAACAACGCUGAACAGCUAGGGGCGUUUGCAGCUGGAGUAAAGCAGAUGCUGGAGGACGUGCAGGAGCGGCUGGUCUACCGAACCCACAUCUACAUCCAGACGGACAUCGCCGGCUACAGACCGGCUCCUGGCGACCUGGCGUACCCCGACAAGUUGGUGAUGAUGGAGCAAAUCGCUCAGAGUUUAAAAGAUGAACAGAAGAAGGUUCCUGCAGAAGCUUCGUUUUCGGAUGUGCGGUUAGAGGAAACAGAGCCUAAUAAUCCGACAAAACCUGGUUCAGCGGGAUCGCUCAGCGCGAGGCCACAGACCACGCUGUCGCCAGCCGACCUCCAUGGCAUGUGGUUCCCGACCGUGCGGCGCGCCCUCGUCUGCCUCUCCAAGCUCUACAGAUGCAUAGAUAGGGCAGUGUUCCAAGGAUUGUCCCAGGAAGCCUUGUCCGCCUGCAUCCAGUCCUUACUUGGAGCCUCAGAGUCUAUCAGCAAAAACAAGACUCGUAUUGAUGGACAACUUUUCUUAAUAAAGCAUCUUUUGAUUCUUCGUGAACAAAUCGCUCCAUUUCACACUGAAUUCACCAUUAAGGAAAUUUCCCUGGACCUCAAGAAAACUAGAGAUGCAGCGUUUAAAAUCCUGAACCCUAUGACUGUUCCACGGUUUUUUAGGCUGAAUAGCAACAAUGCCUUGAUAGAGUUCUUGUUGGAGGGCACUCCCGAGAUAAGAGAACAUUAUCUUGACUCCAAAAAAGACGUGGACCAUCACCUGAAAUCGGCCUGCGAGCAGUUCAUCCAGCAGCAGACUGUGCAGUUCGUGGAGCCGCUGGAGCAGUUCAUGGCGAAGGUGUCAGCAUUAAGGACGAUGGCGAGUCAGGGAGGACCCAGGUACACCCUCUCGCAGCAGCCUUGGGCACAGCCAGCAAAGGUCGGUGACCUUGUGGCAAGUGUCUACAAGACAAUAAAAACAAAGCUGCCUCUGACUUUGAGAAGUAUGUCAUUGUACCUGUCCAAUAAAGAUACCGAGUUCAUCUUGUUUAAACCUGUUAGGAAUAACAUCCAGCAAGUCUUCCAGAAGUUCCAUGUCUUGCUGAAGGAGGAGUUCAGCCCCGAGGACGUCCAGAUCAUCGCCUGUCCUUCCAUGGAGCAGCUGAGCCUCCUCCUGUCUGUUUCUAAAUAACCAGGCCCGUGGGCUGCGCGCGUGGAUGGCCCGUCCGGUAGGAGUGGCUGAGGACGCACGUGACCUGCAGGGCAUUGAGGAGUGUCCCCAAGAACCACACCGGCGUGCUGCUCAGUGCUGGCUGCGGAACCAAGUGUAAGCGGAGUGU